UUCUUCCAUUAAUUCACCUCUAUAAAUUAACUGGUCACCAUGCAGUGAGAGUAAGCCACACACUCAAAGCCUUGGACUUGAAUUAUCAAUGGCAGUCUUCAGAGGAACUUUCUUAGGUCUUGUAGUUGUGACAUUGGUGGUCUCAGCCACGCUCUCCGCCGCUCACCCAGAAGGGUUCAACUUCGGGUGGGGAUCCCGAUGGGGAAGUAAACCUAGUACUGAUCAUCAUGGUGGCGGGCAUGCUCCGGCGGGUGGGUCUCACGGUCUUUUCCCACAAUUCUACCACUCGUCGUGCCCUCAGGUUAACGACAUUGUCAUCUCCGUGCUACAGCGGGCCAUCGGGAAGGACCCCCUGGUGGCAGCCUCUUUGCUGAGGCUUCACUUCCAUGACUGCUUUGCUCAGGGUUGUGACGCCUCGGUGCUACUAGACAACAGCACGACAAUAUUAAGCGAAAAGGGGGCAGCUCCAAACGUGAAUUCUCUGAGAGGGUUUGCAGUGAUCGAUGAGAUCAAAGCCGAGCUAGAAGAAGCAUGUCCCUUGACUGUGUCAUGUGCUGACAUUGUCGCUCUCGCUGCUAGGGGAUCCACUGUACUAAGCGAUGGACCUAAUUGGGUGUUGCCACUAGGAAGAAGGGACUCCAAAACUGCAAGUGUAAAAAGCUCAAACAGCAACAUUCCAUCAUCAAGAUCCAAUCUCUCAACCCUAAUAACCGCCUUCAAGCGUCAAGGUCUUGAUGAAACUGACUUAGUUGCCCUCUCAGGAGGGCAUACAAUUGGGGUUGCAAAGUGUUCCACGUUCAAGAGGAGGCUGUACAACCAAAACGGGAACGACCAACCGGACUCGACUUUAGAAAGAAGUUACUACUUUGGUCUGAAAUCAGUUUGCCCUAGCAGAGGUGGCGACAACAACAUCACUCCCUUGGACUUUGCUUCCCCUGCAAGGUUCGACAACACCUACUUCCAGCUUCUACUUAUGGGAAAAGGACUUCUCACUUCAGACCAAGUGCUUCUAACUGGAAAUGGAAGGAAGGCAGCUGAGCUGGUGAAAACCUAUGCAGACAAUGAGCGCUUAUUCUUUCAGCAGUUUGCUCAGUCCAUGGUUAAGAUGGGGAACAUUAAUCCUCUCACUGGAUUGAAGGGCGAAGUCCGAAAGAACUGUCGUCGCGUUAAUUAAGUAAUUAACUAGCUAAUUAAAGUUGAUUUCGGUGUGUUUGAACUAAUUAAUUAAGGACUGUUUUGUUUGCAAGUUGUAACCUUCAAUUCUUGUAAACUAAACUUGUGUGGUACCUUUUAAAUAA